AUGACUUUUCCCUUGAUAGAACGAAACGGUGCCGAUUUCGUGCCAAACACGUCGACCUUCCACGCGAGCGUAGGAAAGAGUUUCGAGGAAUAUGCCGACUCGAUUGCGCAAGAUCCCUCCAAAAAAUCUGUAAGUGGAGGGCCAGUAGUCAUCUGCAUUCCAAAAGGAACGCCUAUGCCGGAGCCCUUGAUUCUUUUCCAUGAAUACGAUACACACUUCUCGCUUCAACCACCCAAACCGGUAUCUUUGCCUGCAAUACCCGCUGGUCUUUGGUUGGCAAGCCAUUUGUAUCGCGAAGCCGUGAAGAUAGAGGAAGAAGAGGAGUGGAUCUUGAUGUGGACCUUAAGAAGAGUUGGGAGAAAUAGGAAGAUGUUCCCUAGCUCAUACGCAUAUUACAAAGCUAAGACGAGGUGUUACGAGGUGUUACUAGCCUUUGAUUCUAUCUACGAAGUGAAAGUUACAACUAUUUUUCAUCAUAUCAUGGAAUUCGCCUCGUUAAUUAGGCAAACGACAUCAUUGUAUUGA